AGAUACACGCUUCUGUUUUGUCAACUCAAUGCCUACAUUACUUUUCACGCACAAUUUUAAAAGAUGUCAUUUGAUCUCACUUGAAUGUUGCGAUGACGGCUUCUUCACAAGGCUCUUCAAUGAAUAAUUUUGAGUUUCAGAAGUCAAACGUGAAUACUGAGAAAGAACAAUUGCCUACUUCCUCUCACCAUGCAGCUUUCAAUGCCUAUCCUCUGGAAUGCUCACCGAAUUUUCUAAACCCAACAAAUGAGGUGAUAUAUAUGCCUUUAAAUCCGACAAACAUACCUUUAUCGCUCCAACCAGCCUGUAAUUCUACUGAAAAAUCAAGCGAUUGUGCUCAAAGUUACAGUCACCCUAUAUGUCAUGGGUUUAUUUUCCCGAAUUCGGAAGAAGGCACAUGUGAUACUGCUGUAGAUCUCAGAAACAUUUCAAGUGUUCAAGAUAAACCUGAGAGUUUUUCGUACAACCUGACAAAUCAACUUUUUAAUCAGAGUCUAAGCAAUAUGGAUUACAAUACUCAAAGGCAGUUGCAACUACUACUGCUCCAGAAGCUGAUUGAGCUACAGCUUGCUGAAAAUUAUAAUUCUCUCAAAGUACCUUUUGAGUUAGCAGAUGAAUCAAAUGUUCACUCUGAAAACUUUAGUACGCUUCCAUGCAUUGUUCAGAGUCCAGACUCAGAUGAUUAUUCUAGUCAGAGCUGGGCCAUACACAGUGAACACUCAGAUAUGUCUACAUUUCUAGUGCCGGUUGAGGCUAAGUUUGAAGGGGAAAGUAGUCUUUCCUUGCGUAUAACUCCUAGAGAUGACAACGGUCAUUCUAAUCAAGGAACUCCAGUUACGGUAGAAUAUCCUACUAAACCCAUUGUGUUGUACCCGUUUACUGUUCAGCAUGAUGUUUCACUAGAAGAAAAAUUCUCAGUGAAUCAAUCCGUCCUCGAAACAUGUCCAAGUGGUCCAACCCCUCAAACUUUAAAAAUGACAGACAUACAUCACUGCAUACGUAGAGGAUCAUUAGAAUUUCCGCCUGAACCUGGAAAUGAUAUAGUUGAGAGCAUACGAGGUCAUACGAGACCUGGGUUUGUCUUGUUGAGCGUUCGACAUGAAAAGAUAAAUACGGAUAACAGACCUUCUCCAACCUCAGCAAAAGCUACUAAGGAAAUAAUUCCUUCUGUUAUAGCGACUGAAAAUCCUGAACCAAGGACAUCAAAUGUUGAAAUACCAAAGAAGUCCUCUAGAAAGCGAUUGAGGUGCUCUAAAAAUGAAGGGGAACUACGAAAACGUUCUGUAGGACGUUCUUCCAAGUCUGCCACAAAAAGCGUUAGGAGUGAUGGAAUAAAUCAGUGUCUGGUUGAACUAACAGAAGAAGAUCUCAAAGCAUUAUCCUCUCAAUCAAGAUUUAGAGUUACUAGGUUUGCAGACAAAAGGCAAGCCUGGAUAGCUCCUUCAAAAGCGGGUUGUUUUGCUGUGCAUGAUUUAUGGACCACUAAGCUCCCUGAAUAUGUUUUGAAGUGUGCUGAGUAUUUGAAGCAGUCAGAUUCUUCUUUACUUAGAGUCAUCAACAAGUACAGUCAAAUAUCCAACUUCAUAGAUGACAUUACAAACGGAUAUUGUGAAGCCUGUCGUAACUUACUCCCUAAAGCCUGCAACUGCUCUUUGGAUAUAAAAAUGGCUCAAUGAAUUCCUUCUGCCUUUAUUUCAACAAAAUCAGCGAUAAUAGAAGCCAAUUUUCUAUAUAUUUUUUUAAAUGUUCAUUAUUUUGGCAUCUUGGAACAGCUAAUCAGCUAACUGACUUAUCAACUUUGAAUACGGGAAGAGCAUAAGUAUUUGUUUUCUUGUCAAUCAAUGAAUAUUUCUGGGAAUAGAAUUAAAUGAGAAGAAAUAAUAUCACUUAAGCUUCUUUUCUCAUAAUUUUUUCCUCUUUGGCAAUACAAUUGUUUCAGUUACCAGAAAAACAAUAUGUAAACAUUAUUUUAUUUUAAUUUGUAAAAAUUUUUACUGUACUUUUAAUUUCUUUUCUUAUUUUGACAUUUUUAGUGAUUAUCUCUUAGCUGACAUAAACACAGACCUAGUGUCAUAAGGCUGAACACAUAUAAAUAUAGUCAAAUGGGAUAAAUGUACAUAUAACAAUGUAUUUAAACAAACAUACUUUUUUUGAAAAAUUUCACGCGAAAUAUUUGAUUUAGCUUUUCUUCAACUAAUUUCCAAUUUUUUUAUUUUUUCAUUAAAAUUUACCUUUUUAGUGAUUUUAUCAAAAGUGAAUUUUUAUUUCAAAGAAUUCGAACCUACAGAAAUAAUAAUAGUGUUAUCAAUAUACCAAAUAGAAAUUGAGGAUUAAUUGGUGAUGAAUAAAUUGAAUAAUUAUGAAGUACGACUAAGUUACGUUGGUGAUGAAAUAUGCUGUCUUGUUACAACCUCAAAUCGCCAAGACGAAGAAGGUAAACUAUUCUAAUAUGGGGGCCGAUUGAUAAUUUUUGCAUAACCUGUAACUUCGACACUGUCCAUCUAGUGCUAAAAGCAGAUGGAUUUUCUAUAUAUCCAGAAGAAUUGUCGAGUCAUUCCUGUUGCACAUAUUUGAUGUUGGUUAGACAAACAAAGGUUCGAUUAUCGAUAACUCACUCCAUACCAUAUAGUUAUAAGGAUUGUUGCUGUGUGGGAUUCCAAUACUGGAACAAGUCAUCGAAGUAGAUAUAAUGAAUAAAGUAACAACAGCUAUCGAUACAUUAAUUAAGAACAAAGAGAAGAAAAACAGGAAGAAGUUGCACAACAAGCCACUCAAAUUGUAAAGAGCAGAAAAGAAUGAGUUAAACGAUGAAUGGGUAAUAAAUCUUCUAAAACAUCACUAUCUACGAGAGAGCACAAUUUUUUUCAGAGUGAAUUGAACUACAACACCAGAAAUGUGAAUAAAUCAGACUUCUGAAUUUUAUUGUAGUUUACGUUGAAAUCCCCAGAAUCAAACAUUGAACAGUGACAGGAAGUACGCCAGUUUAUUGUUCUUUCAGCGAAGAUCAGAAGAAAUCAAUAUCCAGUAAACAAAAGAGUAAAUAAUGAAAUGAAGUCACUCGUCGCUAACAUGAUUACCACUACUUCCCAUUAUGUUGUGUAGUUGUGUAUAAUUGCAUGUUUGGCUUUGGUCAAGAGUUUUUUUUAGAGAUUCCUUAUCCUACCAUGAUCUACCAAGUUUGAUGGAAUUUUAAAUGUGAAUAUAAAUUAAUUUUCUUACAGUAAAAUAGGUCAACUUUUCAUGAAUCUCUGAUCAUUUUAAAAAUACUAAAUAAUUUACCUUUUCAAAUCAUGAAUACAUUUGUCCUACCACUUUCGUUUUCAUCUAAUUUGAUAUGCAACAUUGGAACUAAAAUCUUAUCAUUAUAAAAAGGAUGGGAUGAUCAUAAAUUUUGAUUGAAAUAUUUAUUGAAAUACUGGGUGUUCUCAUUUUUUUUUCUGGCUAUUUAAAUUUAUGAGGAA